AUGUGAUGUGUCUUCUGAACAACAAGAUUGGAUGGUUUUCACCAUGUGACUUGAACAACCAGAGCAUGUGAUGAGGCAUAGAAAAAGCACAAACGCUAUUGAGAUGGCAAAAAUGACGCACAGUUGCGCUCUUCUCUUUUUGCUCUGGCUGUCUCGUGUUUAUGGCGUAGAAAACAACAACACAACAGGAUGCCGGAUCAUACACCCCCCUAGGGAUGGGGGGAUCCGUUACAGGGGUCUCACCCUUUCUCAGGUAAAGGCGGUUGAGAUGCUCCCGGUGGAUUAUGAGAUUGAAUUUGUUUGCCGCGGAGAACGGGAGAUUUCUGGUCCAAAAGUACGCAAGUGCCAGACGGACGGAACCUGGACAGAUAUGGACAAGCCCAGCCGCUGUCUGCCCACCUGCCCUCGCAUGCACCUGAAGCUGGAGAACGGGCAGGUGGAUGUCAGCAUGACAGGCCGGGUACCGAUGGAAGGCACGAGUAUCCGCUUCCGAUGUGACCCAGGAUUCCUGCUGGUGGGCUCCAGCCACAGCAUGUGCACCAAAUUCGGGAAGUGGGACCACCCUAAACCUGCCUGCCAAGUCCGUCGGACGGACUCGUCACGUAAGAAAGCCCUGCACGUGGGCGCUCUCUUCCCCAUGAGCGGGGGCUGGCCCGGGGGACAGGCCUGUCACCCAGCUGCACAGAUGGCCCUGGAGGACGUUCAACUGCACCCCAAAAGUCCAAAUUUAUCUGCUGCUUCUUCCUUCAUUUCUCCUUCCAACCCUCCGCAGUGUGACCCCGGGCAGGCCACACGACACCUGUACGAGCUGCUGUACAAUGACCCUAUUAAGAUCAUGUUGAUGCCAGGGUGCAGCAGUGUGUCCACGCUGGUGGCCGAAGCAGCUCGCAUGUGGAACCUCAUCGUGCUUUCGUACGGUUCAAGCUCACCUGCGCUGUCCAAUCGCCAGAGGUUCCCUACCUUCUUCCGCACCCACCCCUCGGCUACCUUGCACAACCCAACCAGGGUCCAGCUUUUCAAAAAGUGGGGAUGGACGAAGAUCGCCACCAUACAGCAGACCACGGAGGUCUUCACAUCCACUCUUGAUGAUCUAGAGGAACGAGUGAAAGAAGCGGGCAUUGAGAUCACAUUCCGACAGAGCUUCUUCUCUGACCCGAACAUCCCGGUGAAAAAUCUCAAGAGACAGGAUGCAAGAAUAAUAGUCGGCUUAUUCUAUGAGACCGAAGCACGGAAGGUCUUUUGUGAGGUCUACAAGGAACGUCUCUUCGGUAAGAAGUAUGUCUGGUUUUUGAUUGGUUGGUACGCGGACAACUGGUUCAAGACUCCUGAUCCGUCCAUCAACUGUACAGUGGAAGAGAUGACUCGAGCUGUUGAGGGUCAUGUGACCACAGAGAUUGUCAUGCUGAACCCAGAAAACACCCGCGGUAUUUCCAACAUGACAUCUCAAGAGUUCAUGGAUAAGCUUCAGAAACGUCUUGGCAAAGAUCCAGAAGGAGUCGGAGGUCUACAAGAAGCUCCCCUGGCCUAUGACGCCAUCUGGGCCCUGGCCCUGGCCCUCAACAAGACCUCUUAUGAGCUGUCCAAGCGAGGACUGCGCCUAGAAGACUUCAACUACAACAACGACAACAUCAGCCGGGAGAUCUACAAAGCCAUGAAUACCUCUUCCUUCGAUGGCGUCUCGGGUCACGUGGUGUUUGAUGCCAGUGGUUCCCGUAUGGCCUGGACACUUAUUGAACAGUUGCAAGGUGGCGUCUACAAGAAGAUUGGGUAUUACGACAGUACCAAGGACAACCUCUCCUGGUAUAACAACGAUAAGUGGAUCGGGGGUUCUCCUCCUUCUGACCACACCAAGGUGAUCAUCACCUUCCGCUAUGUCUCUCAGAAGCUCUUCAUUUCUGUCUCGGUUCUUGCCGGACUCGGCAUACUCUUGGGCUUCGUCUGUCUCUCGUUCAACAUCUACAAUAGCCACGUGAGGUACAUCCAAAAUUCACAGCCGCACCUGAAUGAUGUGACGGCGGCGGGAUGCAUACUGGCCCUGGCUGCCGUCUUUCCGCUCGGUCUGGAUGGGCUUCACAUAGAGACGUGGCACUUCCCCCUGGUGUGCCAGGCUCGCCUCUGGCUUCUGGGACUCGGCUUCAGUUUGGCCUAUGGAAGUAUGUUUACCAAAAUCUGGUGGAUCCACACGGCGUUCACUAAGAAAGACGACAAGAAGGAGAGGAGGAAGACCGUGGAGCCCUGGAAGCUGUACAGUACGGUGUCCUUGUUGCUGGGUCUAGAUGUCAUCACACUGGGGAUCUGGCAGAUUGUGGAUCCUUUGCAGAGAUCUAUUGAGGAAUUUACUAAAGAAGAGCCUCGUGGGGACCUGGAUGUCCUCAUCCUUCCUCAGCUGGAACACUGUAGCUCUGUGAAGAUGAACACUUGGCUUGGUAUAGUGUACGGUUCCAAGGGUCUUAUUCUUCUGCUCGGUAUAUUUCUGGCCUAUGAGACAAAGAGUGUCUCCACGGAAAAGAUCAAUGACCAUCGGGCGGUGGGGAUGGCCAUAUACAAUGUGGCGGUCUUGUGUCUGAUAACAGCGCCCGUCACCAUGAUCCUCAGCAGUCAGCAGGAUGCUUGCUUUGCAUUUGCAUCUUUGGCCAUCGUCUUUUCAGCCUACAUCACCCUAGUCGUCCUCUUUGUACCCAAGAUGAGAAGACUUAUCACCAGGGGCGAGUGGCAGUCCGAGCAGCAGGACACUCUGAAGACAGGAUCGUCCACAAACAAUAAUGAGGAGGAGAAAUCACGUCUGCUGGAGCGGGAGAACCAGGAGCUGGGCAGGAUUAUCGCUGAGAAAGAAGAGCGGGUCAUGGAUCUGCGCCAGCAGUUGCGCUCUCGCAGGAAGCAGUCUGUGACGCCCCGGGAGAACUGCUCUGACAAUCACUUCCCCAACUCCUCGGGGGCGGUCUCUUCUCUGUAUCAGCCCGGCCUCCCUCUUGCUCGGUGUUUGGUCGCUGAGGGAGGCGAUAAGCUGGGGAGGAACAGCUGUGACGGGAGCAUGGUCCACCUUCUGUACAAGUAGAGGAGUCACGCCCAGAAGGAGCCAGGACGCUCUCUUUUACUGCAUAGCUGUCAGUGUCACUGUGUGGCCUCACUCUUCCAGAAUGUGUCUUCCCAAUCCCGUUUUUCUAUGUAUCACCUUUAUACGUCCGUCUCCCAUCGACCUCCCUUCUUUCCUCUCAUCCUCGCCCGAUCUAUUUUUCCUGCGUCUCUUGGCGUUCUCCUCCGUCUUUGGAAUUCGGAUCUCAUAUUGUAAUCUCAUAUAAUCUUCGGCACCUUAAAAUUCAUAUCGGCCACCAGAGCCCUCCCAUUCAAGCACAGAUCCCCCGCCUCCGAUGGAAGCCACACUUGUGAAGCCUUGAAACCAUCCCCCUACCAUGUGGCUCCUCCCCCUGCGGGGAACAGUCAUGAUCUUCUGCCACCUGGAGUAAUCUGCACCCACUGCACUUACAAUAUGUUUUCUAAACUGUGAUUGGCUAUCGCAAUAAAUAAACCAGAGAUGAUUUUUAUUGUUCA